UCGUCUAUAAAUUCAGAUAUUAGAUAUCAUUUGCCAUUUUUGUUUUAACUAGUGGAAUUAUUUCCUUACAACUGAGCGCAGAUGUGACCUAUGCAUUAAAAACAAAACAAACCCAAAACUUAAUUCUGUUUCUGAGUAUUUAUAGUUACUAAUCUUCCCUAGUCAUCUUGCCGAAUCUGUAAGUACAGGAGGUUAUUAAAUUAUGUCAGACAUGAGCUUUAAUUCACAGUGACCAUGCAAUUUAGUCACUUUGCAAAUAGUGGCUAUUCCUUACCUACAACAGAUUGCUUCUGAAGUUUCUUGCUUACAUGUAGCAUACUUUGCAGUUUUGAAAAUGCAGCUUAACUGUGUCUAAUUUGCCAAAGAGGCUGCCAGUGUCUGAUUUAACUUUGACUGAUGUGGCUUGUGAGACUGAAGAUGUGAAUCUUGGUCAGAAUUAAUAGCUAUUGUGAUGCAGCUCCAUGUGAUACAGAAAUCUUGCUGCUAAAUCUGUUGGGAGAGAAAAAAUAUUGAUGGGAAGGAAGUUUAUAAACCAUGGGAAAACAAGAUUAUUUAUCCUGUCAGUUUUUAUUGCAAUACUAAAAGGAGAUGGGGUAAUUUGUGUGAAUCUGAUCUGUUACUUUUAUAUCCUCAGACAAAGUCCUGUUUCUGUACUCGUUAAUGUGUUAUCUGGAUAUCAAGAGAAAAUUAAAGGCUUUCUUCACCUUGGCAGUCUGUCUUUCAAGUCAAAUAUGGGAAAUAGACCUUUUAAUAGCACACCCUGUGAUUUCAGUGCUGCCACGAUCUCCAGUGACUAGCUGAAAGAGUUUAGCAGUAAAAGGCUACAGUCUGGUGAUCCUGUAAAUAAAAAUAAAUUUGAAAAUUUAUUGUAUUACACAUUGUGAGCUGCUGCAAACAGCGUCUUUUGAGUUUGGCGAGCAGCUACUCUACGAUCUGUAUGAUGUUAGACUAGCGAUGCAGUGCUACCUGGAGGUUUUGGAACAGGUGUUUGAGCCUUAGCUUAAGUAGAACAAUUUUGCAUCGAAUGUUCAUAAUAUAAAAUUAAAUCUGAAUCUAAUUCACAAAAGCCUAAACCAUUAUGAGGAGUGUGGCUCUGGUUCUACAGGAGUAGCCUCCAGCAAAUUUUCCUCAGUUACUGUCAUCAGCCAAGUGACUGGCUGCCACCCAUUGGCCUGGAAAAAUAUGUUUUCUCCAUUAUAGCUGGUAUUAAAUACUAAAGGCUUUGUAAGAGGCGGCAAGCGGUGUCGUGGUACCAAACACUGCAACUGGAGAAACACUUUGCAAUAGCUUAAACAUUUUAACUCUCCUAUACUGUUGCCUCUAAGGUACCUGUUACCAUGAUGGGCAAGUUACGAAAUUGUCAACUUCUGUCAUCAUGUGUCAUAAAAUUGUGAAUAAAAAUAAAGUUAUGCAGCAUGAAAGUCAUCAAACCCAAGUUGCUUGACACCUUGAUGAAGCAUGUUGUUCGAAGUAGUGUACUGAGAUAGUGUCAUCUGACUCACUUUAUUUUUAAGUCAGAGGUGUAAGAUGUCCUUGCAUGACAUUCUAAUCAAAUGCGAUUUCCUGAGAGCUUUUGAAACUAUGAGCAUGUUUUGUUGUUUCAGCUUUGUCAUCAAUUAACAAUUAGUUGAUGCUUUUUUCACUGGCAGAGUUUUGUAUGAGGAAGUUGUGCUUUGUUCUCUUUGGGCUCGAAUAGCCAGCUGUGUUCUGUAACAACUAGAGGAGGUUAAGGCUUAACCUGGGUUUCAUCAGAGAUCUUUCCUUACUGCUUUUUUCUCUUAAACCCAAAUAGAGGCAAAGAAAAUAUUUUUGAAAAAAUAUUCUUUUUAAAACUUACAGAUAGCUUCAUAGUUCAGCAUUUUGUAACACUUUUUAGCCUUCAAAAAGGUAUGAAAGCGGAUUGGCAUGAACGUUGCAACUACACUAAAUGGCUGACAAAUAUUAAGCUGUUACAAUAGCGGUUAUCAAGGAAGCAGGAAGACUCAGGAAUACUAUUUCAUGUGUAAACUUAGACUUGGCGUCUUUUGAUUAGCUGCUGAAUAAGGAAAAUAAAGGUGAGUGGAUACCACUGAUCUGUUGGAAGUGAGUUUAUUCUUGCUGUGAUAAAACUUGUUUAUUUCUGUGGUCUUUACUCUUAUCAGCCCCUCGAUCAAAGAUGACACACAGUGGUACAAUGAAGUUUUUAAUAAGAUUGACUCUUGCAAACUCUCUGGCAUAUCUUGGGGUACUUAGCGUUGGAUACCACUUAGAAGGGGUCUUGGGAUCCUUGUCUUCAAUUGUUCUUGUCUUGAUUCCAGCUCCAAUACCAGUACAUUCCCCUCAAAGAAGCACUAGAAAUCAUGCCUUGCUGGAGGCUGCAGGACCAAGCCAUGUGGCAAUUAAUGCCAUCUCUGCCAACAUGGACUCUUUUUCUAGCAGUCGGACAGCUGCCCUUAAGAAGCAGCCAAGUCACAUGGAAGCUGCUCAUUUUGGAGACUUAGGCAGAUCGUGUCUGAAUUAUCAGGCCCAAGAGACCAAAUCAAGCCUUUCAAAGACCCUUGAACAAGUUCUGCAGGAUAAUGUAGCCCUCCCUUAUUUUAUCCAGUUUAUGGAACUGCGUAGAAUGGAACACUUGGUUAAGUUUUGGUUAGAGGCUGAAAGCUUCCACUCCACAACAUGGUCCCGUAUAAGAGCACAUAGCCUGAACACAGUUAAGCAGAGUUCAUUGGCAGAGCCAGUGUCACCCUCGAAACAGCAGGAAAUUGCGUCGUCUUCUCCAACUGGAUUGCUUGAGGAGAGACUGGAGGAUUCUAGCACGGUCCAUCUGCUCAGGACCAAGCCAGUGGCUUCGGACAAGAACGACAGAACUAGCAACAGCCAGAACCACGUGCUCUCGGGUCAGGAGAGUGAUAAUACCAGUGUUCUUGGUCUAAGAAAAUCUGAGACAGGGACCUAUUCUGUUCCAGCUGAUCAGCAAGAAUCUUCCAAGCUUACAGUAUCAAAUAGAAACAGCCCCUCCUCUGCACUAAAAGACUUGUCAGGAAAACUCAUGAAAAGUAUAGAACGGGAUGCAGUUAGUACUUUUACCAAAUAUAUUUCUCCAGAUGCUGCUAAACCAAUACCUAUUACAGAAGCAAUGAGAAAUGACAUAGUCGCAAAGAUUUGCGGGGAAGAUGGACAAGUGGAUCCUAACUGUUUUGUUACAGCACAGUCAAUAGUGUUUAAUGCAAUGGAACAAGAGCACUUUAGUGAAUUUUUGCGAAGUCAUCAUUUCUGUAAAUAUCAGAUUGAGGUGCUGACUAGCGGGACUGUUUAUCUGGCUGACAUACUUUUCUGUGAAUCAGCCCUGUUCUAUUUCUCCGAGUACAUGGAAAAGGAAGAAGCCGUUAACGUGUUGCAGUUCUGGUUGGCAGCAGAUAACUUCCAGUCUCAACUUGCUGCCAAAAAAGGCCAGUAUGAUGGGCAAGAAGCACAGAAUGAUGCCAUGAUUUUAUAUGACAAGUACUUCUCCCUUCAAGCCACACAUCCGCUUGGGUUUGAUGACUCUGUCAGGUUAGAGAUUGAAUCCAACAUCUGCAGGGAAGGUGGUCCUCUCCCAAACUGUUUCACUACUCCCUUACGGCAGGCGUGGACUACCAUGGAGACGGUUUUUCUACCUGGUUUCUUGUCCAGCAACCUUUACUACAAAUACUUGAAUGAUCUCAUCAAUUCAGUACGAGGAGAUGACUUUCCAGGAGGAAAUAUUGCACUGAGUAUUCAUGGCCCCGGUAGCUCUCCUGAUAGCGAUUCUAUAGGGGGCCCGGAUGGCUCUGCCUCCCAGUCCAAUGUCAAAAAGGCUAAUGUUAAAAUCCUGAAAAAUUUUGAUGAAGCAAUAAUUGUAGAUGCUGCAAGUCUGGAUCCAGAAUCUUUAUAUCAACGAACAUAUGCAGGGAAGAUGACGUUUGGACGAGUCAGUGACUUGGGACAGUUUAUUAGAGAAUCUGAACCAGAGCCUGAUGUCAAAAAAUCAAAAGGGUCCAUGUUUUCACAGGCAAUGAAGAAAUGGGUUCAAGGAAACACAGAUGAGGCUCAAGAAGAGAUGGCUUGGAGGAUAGCAAAGAUGAUAGUCAAUGACGUUAUGCAGCAGGCGCAAUGCGAACAGCCUUCGGAGAAGGUUACGAAGCUAUGAUUUUAGAAAUGCCAGAACAGGAAAUCUGGUUUUCCUCUUCAAGAAUGAGUGAACUUUCCCUUUUGGUGGAUUCUUUAACACAGCCAAUAAAAACAAAGCACUGUUACUCCAACCGCUGAAAUAUCCCUUGUUUAUAGGGAAGAAUUAAAAAGAAGCAAUCCUGUACCUCCACUGUAGAGCGUGAAGAAACACUUUUUCCUGUUGUAUGUGGCAUUCACAAUAAUGAUGGUUUUUAAAGAGAUGAAGACACAGUUUACGAAUGUGUCACUGACAAACUGUGAUCGACUUCACAACUACAUGACCCUGUCUCAAAAAGACUUUUAGGCAAAAUAUCUGGAACGGGACACAAGCCACAACAGAGGGGAAGGUUUUGCUGUAGUUUCUAGUUCUACUACUUGUAAUUUUUAAACACGUAAUUGGAAAGGCCAUGGGGCAUGUUCCCGACAUUGGCCACUGGGGAAGUGAACCUGAAAUGGUGAACUCAUUGGCAGUGAAUGACCUAAAAAUUCUAAGUUUUAUUUUUUCCUUACUUGAAAUAGAUGCGUAUUCAACUGUAAGAUAAAUGUAUUUUACUUCAUAACCACAUUAACUUUGAAGGCAGCGUAGAACGAUCAGGAGCGAAGCCUGGACGGCGUAACUCUUCCUUGUUGAGCUCUCACCCUGCAUACGCAACCCCUGCUUCCACCACAGAGCAGGCUCGAGGGCCAGUCUUGCACUCGUGCCACCCUCUGCUCCCGAGCCACGACUCCGAAUGCAGCCCGGCUUUUGAGGAGACUGUACCCUGUAGAACGCUCCAUUUUCUUUCCUCUCCAUCCCAUGAGCAAGGAAAAAAGUAAUUGCUGCCACGUGUUGCUGCCAUUCUCCAUAGCUUGUUGUCCUCCAACCAACAUAGUAUCUAAUUCCAGAUGUUUGGUUUACAAAGAAAAA